UUUAUUUUUUUUAAAGCUGCACGCAAAGACGUCACCAGGAAGCGCACUGACAUGAAAGAGAGAUAUCACUAAACCAGGGGGAUCAGAGUCCGAAUCGAGCUAAUGAGCCUGCCUAUCAGAUCCCUGCAGGGUGCGAGCAGACUCUCUGAUUGGUUGCUGCAGAGCGGCGGGAGACGGUGCUUGUCUGGGGGGAUGCGAUUGGUGCAGUUCCGGCGGGGAGGCGGGCCCCCGGAGGUUCGGGUUGGAGUGCAGCAGAGGGAGGGGGGAGACCUGGUGGAUCUGAACUCCUUCGACCCCUCCCUCCCUCACAGCAUGAGGGGCUUCCUGGAGAGAGGGGAGAGCGCCCUGGACACAGCACAGAGAGCCCUGUCCAGCGGGCAGCACCUCGUCCCUCUCUCGGAAGCCUCCCUUCUGUCUCCCAUCACUGGCCCGGACAAGGUGAUCUGUGUGGGAAUGAACUACGUGGAUCACUGCUUGGAGCAGGGCGUGCCCAUCCCCUCCGAGCCCAUCAUCUUCAGCAAGUACCCCAGCGCCAUCGCUGGCCCCUGCGAUGACAUCAUACACCCCACCCAGACCAAGGAGCUGGACUGGGAGGUGGAGCUGGCUUUUGUUAUUGGGAAAACUGGAAAGCACAUCAAGGAGGAGGAGGCGCUGGGCCACGUCGCUGGUUUCACCGUGGCGCACGACGUGAGCGCGCGGGAUUGGCAGAUGAAGCGCAACGGGAAGCAGUGGCUGCUGGGAAAGACGUUCGACACAUUCUGCCCCCUAGGGCCGGCGAUUGUCACUGCAGGAGCCCUGUCCGACCCGCACAACCUGGGGAUCCGUUGCCGUGUCAACGGGGGCGUGGUUCAGGACAGCAGUACCAAUCAGAUGGUCUUCAAAACAGAGGCGCUGGUUUCCUGGGUCUCGCAGUUUGUCACGCUGUACCCCGGAGACGUCUUCCUCACAGGGACCCCGCCUGGCGUCGGGGUUUUCAGGAAGCCACCGGUUUUCCUCAAGAAAGGGGAUGUCGUGGAGUGUGAGAUCGAUGAGAUUGGACUCAUCCGCAACACAGUGGUGUGAACGAGACACAAAUCCAGCUUGCUAUCUUCUGACCAGAGGAAUAUCUGCAAAUCAACAACUUCCUACCUGGGUAUUACAAAGCACUGUUCAUUAUCAGAGAUAAUAAAAUCUAAAAA